AUGAGCAACCCCAAACCGCGAGCUCCGUUCAACCCGUUCGAUCCCACGGAGGCCCGGCCUCCUCAGGGCUACCCCAGUGAAUAUCUGGCGCCCACCGAGCCCCGAGGCUGGUCCAAAACGCCCAAGGAUGCGUCCAAGUACGAACAGGCCCGAGCGGUCAUGCGUCAGAUCAAAUACGACCCGCGGCCACCAAGCGAAAAGUACCCAGGCCAAUUCAAGAAGCUGAGACGAGUCAACACGUCAGAAGGGUUCAUGCGAGGCAUCAAGCUGACCGGCAAGGUGCUGACGGUGUCUGUGUUAGGCUAUGGAGUGUUUUUCAUGAAGUGGGAUAACGGCUACGAAAACGUCUUCAGUCCCUUCUACAGAGCCCGGAUCCGACUCAAGGGCUUUCUCACUGGCUCGCUGACCGAACAAGAGCAGCAGGAUCUCAUUGUCAAGGAGAGAGGAUACACCAAGCUGGCAUCUCAGGGACACAACCCCGUCAUGCCAGGAGGUAACCCCGGCCACGUGACCAAGGAGGUGGCCGAUCUUGUUUACGAGCGACCUCAGCAACGACACAUGGUCGCUGCCGAGAAGAAGCUGUUGGCCCGAGAGGAGGCCAUCCUUCGAGCUGUGGACAUUGCUGAGGCUGAGAUGGCCAAGAAGAACACGGAGAAGAAGGGAUGGUGGUAG